AUGUAUUUGUGUUAUAUUUUAUUAUUUGCUCCGCCCAUUUUUGGACUAAUAUUCUCAAUAAUAGAAUGCAUAUGGGUAAGUAAGAUAAAUAUAAAUGGUCCAGAAGAUAAAUCAGAUAAAUUGGAAGAUGGAUUAGCACAAGUAGAUAAAAUGAAGGAAGUGGCAUCCUACAUUGCGGAAGGAGCAAACGCUUUUUUAAAAAAGGAGUAUCAGUAUUUAAUAGUUUUUAUUGUAGUAUUUUCUGGACUAAUAGGAUUUUUUGUUAGUUACUAUACAGCAAUAAGUUUUAUUUUAGGCUGUUUAACAUCUAUAUUAUGUGGUUAUAUAGGAAUGAAAAUUGCUGUUUAUGCUAAUGUAAGAACGACUAAUGAAACGUGGAAAAGUUUAGAUAAGGGUUUUAAGGUUACUCUGAAUGCAGGAACAGUUAUGGGAUUUUCAUUAGUAUCCUUUAGUAUAAUAGCUCUAGGAUUAUUAAUCGUUGUAUAUAAAACAUUUAUUUUUGCAAAUGCUUCUUCUGAAUCUAGUUUAUAUAAGGUUAUUGCUGGAUUUGGACUUGGCGGUUCUUCUAUUGCCUUAUUUUCAAGAGUUGGUGGUGGAAUAUAUACUAAGGCCGCUGAUGUAGGUGCUGAUUUGUCGGGUAAAAAUGAAUACGGAAUUCCAGAAGAUGAUAUAAGAAAUCCAGCAUGCAUUGCAGAUAAUGUAGGUGAUAAUGUUGGUGAUAUGGCUGGAAUGGGUGCAGAUUUAUUUGGAUCUUUAGCAGAAAGUUUAUGUGCGGCACUAGUUAUAGGUUCUUCUGUAUUAAGUAUGAAAGAAGGGAUCCAAUUUAAUAUUAGUCAUUGUAUUUUGUUUCCUUUAACAUUUUCAAGUUUUAGUAUUAUUAUUUGUAUGAUUACAUUUUUUAUAAUAUCCCAGUCUGUUAAAAUUGUAGAAAAAAAAGACGUAGAAAGAACCUUGAAAUAUUUAUUAUUUUUAUCUACCAUAUUACAGUCAUUAGCUAUAAUUGUAAUAGGAUAUUUUUCUUUUCCUAGUGUUUUGAAAUAUAAUCUAUUAAAAGAAAUACAAAGAUGGAAAGUCAUUGUUCCAGCAUUAGUUGGUUUAUGGUCAGGUUUAAUUAUUGGUUUUACAACCGAAUUUUAUACAUCUUAUUCUUUUAGUCCAGUACAAGAAAUAGCAAAUACACAAAAGGUAUCAGCAGCAACAGGUAUUAUAUAUGGAUUAUCACUAGGGUAUAAGAGUACAUUUAUUCCUAUUAUGUGUUUAAGUGCUACACUUGGUAUUUCAUACGGUUUAUGUGAUAUAUAUGGAAUCGCUUUAGCAGCAGUAGGAAUGUUAAGUACAUUAUGUAUAUGUUUGACAAUUGAUGCAUAUGGUCCUAUAUCCGAUAAUGCUGGUGGAAUUGCAGAAAUGGCUGGACUUCCAUCAGAAGUCAGAACAAGAACAGAUAUUCUGGAUGCAGCAGGAAACACAACAGCUGCAAUUGGGAAAGGUUUUGCUAUUGGUUCUGCUGCUCUAGUUGCUUUUGCAUUAUUUGGUGCAUAUGCAAAUAGUGCUAAUUUACGCCAUGUUAAUAUAUUAAAUCCAUGGGUUAUUAUUGGAUUACUUAUUGGAGCAAUGUUACCAUAUUUAUUUUCUGCCUUAACAAUGAAAUCAGUAGCAAUAGCUGCUAAUAGUGUUCUAAAUGAAUGUUUAGAACAAUUUCCGUUAAUAUUAUCCGAUAAACAAAAACCAGAUUAUGAAAAAUGUAUUAAAAUAUCAACGGAUGCUUCAUUAAGACAAAUGAUUAUCCCUGGGUUGAUAUCCGUAUUUUCACCUUUAAUAAUUGGUGCAUUGAUGGGAAAAUAUGCUACUGCUGGAUUGUUAGUAGGAAUUAUUUUAUCAGGUAUACAACUAGCUUUUUCUUCAACUAACUCUGGUGGUGCAUGGGAUAAUGCAAAAAAAUAUAUUGAGUCAGGUGCUUUAGGAACAGAACAUUGUAAAGGAUCAAGUGCUCAUAAAAAUUCAGUUAUUGGAGAUACUGUUGGAGAUCCAUUAAAGGACACUUCAGGACCUUCCUUAAACAUUUUAAUUAAAUUGUCAGCUAUCACUUCGCUUGUUUUCGCUGGUGUUAUUGCUAAUACUUUUACUUCAAGAAGGGGAGGCCCCAAAUGGUUAUAA